AUGCCGCAGGUUGUGGUUCCAGCGAGCUUCAGCAACCCAGGCAGGAGAUGGGUCCCAGCAAACCGGGCAAGCCCAAAGGCAAAACGAGCCCGAGCUUGUGCCUGGGGGCUACUGACGUCAUCAACGAAAAAACCCACUGAAAGAGGAAGGGUGGAAAAGCUUUAUGCAGCUUAA